AUGCGCACAACGCGCAAGGUGUCGGUGUGGCCCGUGGGGCUGGUCGGGGGCCGGCGGUACGAGCGCCCAGUCGUGGAGAACGGCAAAGUUGUUGGCUGGUACACGGGCUGGAGAGCGGACAGGCCCUUUGCUAUCGACAUGGCAGGAUUUGCUGUGAGUCUUCAAGUGAUCCUGUCGCAUCCCAAAGCCGUGUUCAAGCGUCGUGGUUCUCAACCAGGAAUGCAAGAAUCUGAUUUUCUGAAACAGAUAACAACAGUGGAGGAACUGGAGCCAAAAGCAAACAACUGCACAAAGGUUCUGGUAUGGCACACGAGAACAGAGAAGGUGAAUCUAGCUAAUGAGCCAAAGUACCACCUGGAUACAGUCAAUAUUGAGGUAUGAUGUGGGGAGACAGUCACACAGCAAGUGCAGGACAAUGGACGCGUCAGGACGUGUUUGAAUUCAGCCAGUUAAAAUCAUCUGGUUCUGUGUGAGACCUGAUGGACUUCUGUGGAAACAAAAGGAAGUUGUCAGAGACUCUAGUAAGCAAAUCAAGUGGGUGUGCUUGUUCUAACUUGUCUGCAUGCAUUUCUGAACUCUCAGCUUAAUAAACUGACACUUACCUUUGUUUUAACGCUGUUUCCACAUAGAGAAAUGUGGUGUAAUGGUAUUUUUUCAAAAUCAUUAUUUAUGUAUAUACUUUUUGUAUUUAUCCAGCUUAAUGGUGUAAUUAUAAACUGAUUUUAACUCACAAACUGUUGAUCUAAAUAUCUGCAUAAAUGGAUCCUCCAAACUGAACAUGUUUUACUUCAUUAGAAGUAGCGGUCAAAUAGGUUGUACAAUAACAAAAUAAAAACCCAGAGUCACUUAUGGAUUUAUCCUUUUAAUAUAGGGAAAUAACAUUUUAUCAUUACGAGGCACCAUAAAAUGUAAACACAAUCACUGUCAUAAACCUGGAUCUCUGCAAGGAAAAAUAUAUCCAUUCAUUUGGAGUUACCUUGUAUGCAUAUUGUGCCGCCAGUUCUCAGCAUUAAUACUGUGGGUGUGCCUCAUGAGCCAGAUCAGAGACUUUAUCACAGGAAACUCAAAUGCAUCCAAUGCUCAUUUUUAAAAGAAUAAACUAUUGAUUUGUAGAACUACAGUAACAUCCAGGUUUAUCUUUCUUUCAAUAACCACAUUCCCUGUUAUGCACACCAUAAUAACAUCACAGUGAAAUGUAUGAUGAAACAAAAUUUGUUUGAUACACUAGAAAACAUUGCUCGGUGAUACAUUUACAUUCUAUUUAUAUAUGAUUAAACAUUUGUUCAUAGA